UCUGGCAAUAUUAAACGCACGAUACGACAGCCCUAAAAACACAUUGGACAAACUCUAUUUUAAUCGUCGGCCUAAUGGAGAAGAAAGCUAAUAUAGCGGACAGCUUGCAAACAAGGCUAUUUGCUUUGGGACCUGCUCCACCAGGAUUUCAGCCCCCAAAUGCCAGCUUCUUUGCAUCCCUGGAGGCGCAUCUUCGCAAAGCCAUUCGCUUUCUCAUAGACACGAACCGCCAGCUCCAAAUUCUGCGUAAAAGUCUUCAGACGGAAAAAAAUCGGAAGAAACGCCAGACUUACAAGGAGAAGAUGGCGAUGUUUGCCAAGGAACAAUUACGAGCCGAGCAACUCAUCCUUAAGUACCGGUCUAGGCUGAUGGAGCUGCAGGAAGCCGAAAUAUCAAAGGUUACCAAGCACCUCGAACAAAUGGAUAAGGUCCUAGGACAGGUUAACAUUCGCCUGGGCUACCUGAGGACCAAAAUCAAGGCGGAAACAGAUCCUAAACGACGCGAGAUCCACGUAUGCAACUCCUUCUUUCUGGUGCGGGAACAGCACAAGACCAAGGGUCUUUGCGAGCGGUGGAGAGAUCGCCUCGGUCAGCUGACGAGGGCCAGGAUCAGGAAGGAAAAACCAAUGAGUGUUAGGAUUCCAAAUUCGGCACCUAAACCUCAGGAAAAGCCAACAGCUGAUGCGCAAAAGCCAAAAGAAGUUUCGGGUUUGGAAGCAUCCGAACCGAAGGCUGACCAAAAAGAAAUGAUAGAGACUGGCUGCCAAAGGUGUGCAGCUCUGGUAAAAGAAAGCAAACCAGGUCAGCCUAAGAUUUGUAGUAUAUGUAGCAAAUGGUCUAAAGACAACAACACUACCAAACCGAAAGUAACAAUUUAUUCAAAGGAAGUGUCACAAUCCUUUCCUAUAACAUCAAAAGAAGAGCAGUUAAACAAAUCUAAUCCGGAAAAACUUACCGAGAUAGAGAAAAAGGAAAAAGGGGCCAAUUCUAAGGCCUCUGUUAAUGAGGAUUGGGUUGUACCCAUGAUCCUUGAUGUUAGGUCUGAAACAAUGACUGCAGUUAAAGAGGAGCCAACUACGAGUAAAGACUUGAUUGCCUUCCAAGAAGUUGCUGCGAAUAAAGACUUGAUUGACUCCAAAACAGUAUCAUCUAUACAGAAUUCAUUAAAAUCCAUCGACAGUAAAAAUAUGGCUCUGGCACACGUAAAGAUUUUACAGGAGUACGCCAUGCUAAAUGAUAACUUUAGGGCCAUCGGACUCCUUACUGAGGUUGAAAAAUCAAUCCUAAAUCCUCCUCAAAACGAAGAUUUUGAUCUUUGAAUUCUGUAAAUACUGAAUAUUUUGAAUAAAUUUUAAAUUUAUGAA